GCAGCUGGGAACACAUGCUAAGCUAGCUGGACUGGACUGUGAUAGAUCCUCCCUUCCCCCAACUGGUGGCCUGAGUGUGACAUAACCUGCAGCCCGGAAAUACCUGAGUGACUAACCAUGUACCUUCUAUGGACUAUACAUUGAGCCACCAAUCAACACCUGCCAAAUAUCCUAAGCCCUUGUUCCUAUAUGGACCAUACAUUAAGCCACCAAUCAGCGCAAGCCGAGUACACUAAGCCCCCAUACCUUCCCAUUCUCCCCCUCAAAAGGCGUGCUCACCUCUGCACCGGUUGCUGUUCUCCCAUUGUGAGACAGCCUGACAGGUCUCUUUCCCCUAAUAAAGCCUGUUAUCCUGGUUUUCAGCUCCCGACUGGUCUCUCAGACUGUGCUUUGGUGAGGAGUGGCAACUCUGGCAGUAGCUUUAAUCCUACCUCUGCUGAAGAAAACAUUGGAUUUUUUCAUGGCGGGAUGGAGGGAGAUGGUAUUUUGGAAGGGAAGUCUCUUAAUGUUACCUCAUCCAUAAAGCUUUCAAUGGUAACUGAUCCUCUGAUGUGGGCCUCAGGAAAUUAUUGUUCCAGCGGCACCCCAAGAAGCCCACUUCCACCAGUAACAGUGGGGGACAUAGAGGACACUGCACCAAUAACGGAUUGCAACUCAGCUGGGAAUUCAAUAGGAGAAGAAAUGGCUCUAGAAAGCUGGAAAGCAUCCCUUCUCAUAAUCUCUGAAGCUGCAGCACUCACAUGGAGAAACAGCAGAAGGAAAUCCUGGCCUGGAUUAUGCGACUGCACUCAGAAGCAGAAACCUAUUUCAGAAGCAGAGCCCAGCCUGCUUCCCUUCUGCAACUCCUCACCUCCAUCCUGCCAGCUUUUUCACAGCUUCCCGGGUGCAGCGGGCCACAGACACACACUGCUAAAGCCCAGCGGGGAGACGGGUGGGGGAAUACUUAGGGCAUGGUUCGAGCCCAGCACCAAGGGUCCCCAGACUCUCACUUCCCUCUGCCUCUACCCUGGCGGUACUCCUGCCUCUGCAGCCUGAAACCGGCAGAGCACCAGCGGAGAGCAGGCACACACUCAGUGCUGCUUGGAUUUUACUACAGUGCCUUUCCCUGCUCU